CCAAGAAAUGUAAAAACAAGUCAUCGUCAUGCUGUUGUGUUGUAUUUUGAUAACCUUUCUAGAUAUUUUGACAAUACUCUCUUCGAUGAUAUUUGUUGAAACAGCGAUGAUUUUAAAGAAAAGUCCAAUCUGGAGGAGUAUCGGGAAGAAACAAACAAUUGCACAAAUGGAUUAUGUGUUGUCACAAGGAAGUGAUGUUGUACUUAAACAGACGCAGAUCCCAGGCAGCAUAAAACUACGCACAAAGCGCCACCAAUAUUCUACUUCACUAUACGGUAGCAUGAACAAAGCCAGCUCUUUAAAGAGAAGGCUGAAGAAAGGUAACGAUGCUAAAAAAACUGUUAGUUUUAACAAGAGGGACUUCUUUUUCGCACCAGCUCCUCCCUAUGAACCGAUGUCAAGGCCCGUUGACCGAAGGAUGUUCCUGGUUCAUCGAGGAGAGAGAGGACCAUGUUUUUUCCAUGCGUGCCACCAUGGCGGAAUGUGCGUUCCAAGGCGCCAUGGAUUUUAUUGCGAGUGCCUGCCUGGUUUCAUUGGAACAAGAUGCGAAGUUAAAAAAGAGUGCAGACCUUCAACAUGUAAAAACGGAGGAACAUGUACCGAAAUUGCAGUUGGAAGACAUCUGUGUACGUGCCCUGUGGGGUUUCUUGGAGAGAAUUGCGAAACACGAAGUCUUUGCCACCCAACCCCAUGUCGUAAUGACGGCACAUGUAGCGAGUCUGAGGAUUCAUACACUUGUGUAUGUCCAGAAGGAUUCAAAGGGAAAAACUGUGAAAUUGACAACAAGUGCCUACCAAAUCCGUGCAAGAAUGAUGGUGUAUGCUUUGAAAUGGGCAAUAGUUAUAUCUGCAAUUGCCCACAAGGUUUUAAAGGAAAGACUUGUGAAGUUAUCAGCGAGUGUAAUUCUGUUUAUUGUCUGAAUGGAGGAACAUGUAGAGAUGAAAGCUCUGGGUACAGGUGUGACUGCCGCUUUGGAUUUUAUGGAAAGCGGUGUGAAGCCUCUGCAUGCCACCCUAGCCCUUGUCAUAAUGAUGGGGUUUGUCUAAGAUUUGGUAAUCAAUACUCCUGCCAGUGCAAACAAGGCUUCUCUGGAAAGAGGUGUAAAGUCUCAAGACCGUGCUCCCUUGGUAUUUGCUUAAACGGCGGCACAUGCGUAGAUGGACCAUACACCAAUAGUAAAUAUGGAUUUGCAUGUGUGUGUCAGCAAGGGUUUGACGGUAUCAUGUGCGAGAAACGUCUUCCUGACAACUUUGGAGAAAGACUUGCCAUUUUGUGAAUUGGAAAUUAUCUACAGUGCAGCAAGUCGUGAUGUAGAAAAAGAGCUCAAUUUCGAAUCAAUGAUUUUACCUGUAGAAAGUAAUUCUUAAAACAAUCUGCUCGCCUGACUGGUAAACAAAGCAUUUUUAAUAACCACUGGCAGAAAUUUCUGCACGAUCUAAUAUGAAGUAGACAUAUUCAGAAUGAAGGACCCCCAUGAUGUGAAAACUUUUUCGGUGCCAUUGCUUCUAAGAAAGGGAAAGAAUACUCUAACACUUGCUAUCAAAUUUUCUAUGAACUGACUGCUACCAAUUAAAGUAAUUAAAAACAAACAAUAGAAAGAAAUAUAUUUGAGUAGACAGACAAUGUGACAAAGCUAAUUUAAUGUUAAAAUUGUUGGAACCGAAUUAGUGUUUGCACGUAGUAAUGAGUGCUGGAGAGUGGUUUAUCAGUAGAGAUGAAUUAAAAAAACAUGCUGUUAGAGACUGAAAGCAUGCGAGGGUAUAAUUAGCCAUCUAUUGUCUAACGUGUAAGCGUGCAAAGGAAAUUUGUCAAAAAAUAAACU